ACGGUCGGUUUGGUGCGUGCGUCUCGCGUUCGGUGAAAACGAAUUGCAGAAGCGCGUCGAGUUUUCCCCCGCAUCGCAUCGCAGCUCUACGGCGGGCCGUGUGUUGGCUGUGUGCGACGGUUGAUUAGUUUCGCCGCGUACGUGCUCGGUAUGUCGGGAACAGAUCGCGCUCGCCGCCUUAUCGACCGGGGCACACUUUUAUCGACGCUAGCUGUCGAUAAAGCGACCGGUCGAAUCCAACAGCCUCGUGAAGGGGAGGCGGCCGGUGCGCGAGUCGCGUAUGCCACUCGGGACGCCGCGCCGAUCAAAGUUCCGCGUAAAACUGCCCGCCUGGGACGUUCGCUAGACACCGCGCGUUGCCCUAGCCUCCACCGCCAUGGAUGUGCCGUCGACGGGCUUGCCUUCGUACUCUGAAACGAGCAAAGGUAUGGUCGUGAUGCUGCUCGAUGGCUACCGAUAUCUACAGAACAAGCGACGAGGCGAGAGAGUCUACUGGGUCUGCGACAGGUACAAGUCGGCGUCGUUCGAGCGAUGCCCGGGCCGUGUGGUGACGUUGGCCGGUGCUCUGGUGCCGGGCGGCCGGUCGGCGGUGCAUAACCACGCGGCGGACGCGCAGCGCAACGCUCUCGAGCUGGUCAAGUCCAAGCUGCGCCGCAAGGCGCGACUUGACGUCUCCAAGAGCCUGGCGCAGAUCUACCGCGAGGAAGUGGCCGCCGCCGCGCCUCACCACCAGCAGCGGGUGCCCAGCUACGACAGGCUGCGCAGCACGCUCUACAGGGCGCGCCGUAGAGCCUGCAGCGCCGGACUACGUGCCACAGUGUUGGAAAAUGACGAUGAUUGCUGCAUGGAAGUAGUCCCAGUCGAGGUCGUCGUGAAACAGGAGCCUUGCGAAUACAUUCUCCCUGAAUAUACCGAAGAUCACCACUUUCAUUGCAACGAGAACGCGCCAUGCCCAGCAGGUGACUAUCUAUUGUCAUGCUUUGUCACGCUCUUGAAAGCGAAAGUUGAAGGCCGAAACCGAAACUGCCUAAGUUGGAGACUGAAACUGAAACUGCCCGAGUUUUGA